AUGGCCGCCAAUGAAAACAAAUUCCACCCAUCGCCAAAGUAAGUGAUCUUUAUAAGAAUUAAGAGAGGAGUGACUGCAGUUAUGCCUCGCGACGUUUUGCGAGCCUUGCGAGACACGCGAGUCACUUAUUUCUAGUUCUAGAAUUCGAAUUUCAAAGGGUCAUGGAUGAAUAGCUAAAAGAGCAGGUUACGGGAUUGGUUGAGAGUUCCAUGAUCGAGUUCUAGAAGGCGGAAGUAGGUCGAAGUACUCGUUGUUACAAAUUUUGUUGAGCACAUUGAUUUGCUUUUGCUCUCUAAACGAAAUGGCGUCAACUUCAAAGACAAAAAAGACCAAAGGAAGUUUAGCUAGAUUCUUAGAGACCUUAUGGGCAAUGGUUGACGAUGAAGAUGAGAUAGAGAAAUGCAGUAAAUACAUAUCGUGGAAUGAGGUAUCUUAAUUGAAGCAUCAAAGCUUACUGUUUCAUAAUACUUCUUUUCUUACUGACCUGCACGCCUCGUUUACAGUUUUUUAAGCUGUAUUAAAAUGAUAUAGAAUGAUUCAACAUAAUGAUGCUCUAAGCUUAUUUCACAUUCCCUAUUUUUUGCAGAGUGGAACUGGUAUAAUAAUCAAAAGUCGAAACGAGUUUGCCUCCCACAUCCUUCCUAUUUAUUUCAACACUCAAGAGUUUGCAAGCUUCCAUCGUCAACUAACUAAUUGUAAGUAUGCUUGUAAUCAGUUUUUGCACACAACUGCUGCAUCCCUUGUGCAGAAAAAUUAAAGACAAAAGAACUCAACCGAGAGUAAUCUCGCUUCCAGCAACAUGUUUGCAUAAGCCAAACGAUAGCUGUGCUACAAGAUACUUUAAUUUAAGAUAAUAGAUAAAUGGGUAAUAAACAAAAUAUUUUGUAAAUCUUAGCUAAGAGAAGAAAUGAAGCGAUUUUAAGGCCUCUGUAAUUGACUCUGUAAAUAUCUGAUCAGCAAUUGUUGGAUAAUGCAUGGUUAAAUUUUACAUUUGAACACCCCACCUCUGGGAAAUCCCUGGGGUGAGUCUAUCCAUUUGGGCUUGGGGGUGGAGAUUGGUUUGAAGGAGCCCUAUCCCAGGGAUAGGGGGAGGGGUAAAGGUAAAGAAUAAGGUACACAGGAGACCAAAGGCCCAAAACAGCUGCAGCUUAUACCGGUUUCUUGUAGCAUGAAGCAUGCCUCAAAGUAUUUUUACUCCCCUCUGGAUAGAAUGCUAGUCCAUUGCAGGCCUACCCCCAACAGUACGUUGCUGGUACCCAUUUAUACACCUGGGUGUAGAGCGAUAAAGUAGAGUAAAGUUCCUUGUCUAAUUUAACAACGCCAAGUGCCGGGCUUGAAUCCUGGACCUAGUUCAAGUUGUUAACCACUUGGUACCACAUGCCUCCAAGGUAGGGGGAGGGGUUUAUUAAAAAUUACUUCUUGUUGUUCUUGUGAAAAAUAUUUUAUUCUAAAGAACAGUAAUUUGCAAAUGUGGAAGUAAAGUGAAACCUGACACACAUUGCCAUUGUUUUAAGGUAGCUUUUCUUUUUUAAAGCAUAAUUAUUCAAGUGAAAGCACAGGCAGCCCAAUCUCAGUAUGAGAGCUUCAUCAUUAUUUGUGUGUAUCAUAUUGCAUAAUCCUCCAAAUGGCCGUGAUUAUUAAGAAUUUGUAUGUGGGAAUUCAGGUGAAUAGAUUUAAGAUGAUACUUUCAGGAAUUUUCAAUAAAAAUGCUUAACCGUAUUUACUUGGUGCCUUCUUGCUUUCUGCAAGCGACUGCGAAAAAGCAAACACGGCUCCCAUGAAGAAGUGCUUAAUUUAAAAGCAAAUUUUUGUCGCUCUAUGGUUUCAUUUCCUCUCAGCAGAACAACUUACUAGUUAAAUUUUUAAUAUUUUCAAACUCUUUCUUUCCAUUUUUUUUUCUUUUACUGUGUAAUGAUAAUUAAUAUUUUGCAAUCCAUUGACAUGAAAUUAUAGUCACCUGAAUUUCAUGGUAUGAUGACAAGCAGGAGACGUUUUUUUUCAAAACUUGAAAUUAUUUUGUUCCAGUAGCUCUAAAAUCACUAUAUGUAUUGCAGAAUAUUUAAUGUGUUUCCUAUUCACCUAAGAAAAAAAAUGAACAACACCUGGGCCCAUAUGUGGAAAUGGUUGCCACAUUAUUUUAAUACACACCUAAAACAUGGCUUGAGUAGUAUUAAUUUUAGAACUGAUCUUGUUUGCUACUCCUUUGAGCUGAAUUGCACAGAUCCCUCUCAUGAUACAUCCUCAGAGGCAGGGUCAGUGAGUGAUGAGAGGCAGCUGGGUAUAUUCACAGGCUUGUAUUAACCACAUGGAAAAUAUCAUGUGUUAAAAAUUAAUUCGUUUUUUUUUUUUGAGAAGAUGGAUUUAAAAAACUCCAGGAUGUAGAGGAGGAUGAGUUCGUAAAUGAAAACUUCAUAAGAGGCUCUCCAGAGUUACUGAAGAAUAUCAUCAAGAAAAAGGUGAGUGCACAGAUCAUGAGUCUUCUAUUAAUUAUAGCACUAAUGACAAUAAGCCUAAAUUCACUCCUGAGUGCACAUUGCAUAUGGCUGAUGUAAAAAUUCACAUUUCAAAAUUUCUUCUUGUUUGAAGAAUCCAGGGGUUUCAAUAAAAGUUGAAUUAAGGUGGCUCGAUACAGUUUUUCUCCUUUUCUUUAACACAAGUUUUUAAAAAGAUUGAAACUACUAUUAGGUGAAAUUGCAUGUCAAACAGCCGAACACCAAGAUUGUCCAUUUUUUACCAUAUUUCUAACCACAAAUUCUUUAUCCCAAAAUAUCUCGAUAACGCUCUUACAGAUUUCGCUUAAACUUCACGAAAAUCGAGACUAGUAUUGGAGGAAAAAGCUCCUGUGAAUGAUUUUCGAAGAACAGUUCCCAGUGCCGAGAUAUACUGCUGCAAGUAAAAUAGGUAAUAGCGUCAUUUCGUUGCUAUGACAACUCCGAUGCCGUUGCAAGCCUGAUCAUAACAAAUUUUCAUCUUCAUCUAAUACAACUGUGGUGGCAAUUUUUCCAAAACUUUGUUUGUGGCGAUGUAGUUUAUGCUCAAACUUGGGAGGUAUUGUCCCUGAAAAACUGUAUCGAGCCACCUUAAGUAGCCAGACUGCUAUUGAUCCCCCCAGACCCCGCAAGAAGAAGGGGACCAACAGACUGUUGAUACAGUCAGUUACUUUAUUCAAACCUGCUCUAUAUAUUAUGAUCACAAUGAUUUAAUUACGUUCAUUUGCAGCACAUCAACAAAUUCUGUAUAAAUUGACCUACAUGUAUAAGGAAAUGAGUAAAAAAUUUAUUGGAAUAAAGCAUUAACAUUAUAAUAACUAAUUAAAAGUAUAACAUAAAAUCUGUAGGCAAACAUAUUUAUGAAAUUACACAAAAUAAGUUUACAUUCAGAUUUUAUGAUAUAGUUUUUGUUUAUGGCAUUAUAAAAACUAGUUGCUUCUUCUUUUGAGAAAAAAAUAGCUGACUUCUUUGAGUAAAGUAGCCGACAGUCAUUUCUUGGUCAUCGGUGCUUUAAACUCAAACCCCCGAGAAUCCAAAGAAAUAAAAAGAACCAUGCAUUCAAAAGUUCUGCCAAAGAGGUUUCAUUUGAAGGGUAACAUUAUUAGGAUUUACAUGUUUACAUUUAUUUAAAAACAUGAUGAUCGACUUCUAUCACCCUUGCAUCAGGAACCCGGCCAGACUGGGGUCAAAGCCUGGCCUGAAAGCUGGGGUGAGCCUGGCUUGUGGCCGGGCUUUGGCCAUGUUGGCCAGGGGAUAAAAAAGAAUGCGGAAUGCCGUGGCCACAGGUCCAGCCCGGCCUGGCCUGGCAGCAGUUGGCCAGGGCCAAAAACUGAGAAGGAAAAGCAAAAAACAUAAAUGGUCACGUGGUCCGGAAACAAGGGGCUCUGGAAGCAGCCGUUACCGGGUGUCAGAAAAUUUCUGAAAACUGACAAUGUGUCAUUCUUUGUGAAAAAUAGCAGUUGUAAAGUAAAGAGUGUCCUUCAUGGGACAACAAAUGGCCAAAGAUUCUGAGGUAUUCAUGUUGCAGUCUCUUAAUGUUAUAAAUUUUUGGCCUGGAAAUUCAAAAAAGCCCGGCCAAGCCUGGCUUGAAUAAUUAAGGCCUGGAUUAGGCCGGGCUUUUAUGACUAGGGUUACCGAGAAAGCUCAGCCUCGGAAGUAACAAGACCAGGAAGGCCAAGCUUUGGCAGCCAAGGUUGCCAAGAAAGCUUGGCUGUGACCAUGCUUGGCAGGCUUUACCAGGCCGCAUUUUCCCGGUAAGCCUGGCCAGCCUUUUCCAGGCUGGCUGGGUUUUUGGCCAGGCUCCUGAUGCAAGGGCAAUUAAUUCAUAAUCUGUAAUUGUACACUGUAUAUAUUUUAAUCAUUUUGACUGUUCAGUUUGAUAUUACUGUUCUAGGCACUCUUUAUUUUUUUUAUGGGGUAGGGGGCCUGGUGGGGUUUGAUGGCUUAGCACUAAUAAAAUUAAUAAUGACCCCCUCUUCAUUAGACAGUUUUUCACCUGCCCCUGCCCCAGGUUGAAGCCUUAAACAUUUGAGAUGACCUCUCCCCCCUCCCCCUCCCCCUCCCCCACAAGAGAAAAGAAAAGAAACAUUCAAAGUUAUUAAGCUGAACUUAAAUCAAACAUAAAGCCUUGAGGUCAAUUUCAACAUUCUAGUAGGUUUCAGAAUUAGUCCUGUUGAACACCAGUAACUGUAUAAAGUUACGGUGAGGGGUUCCAGUGGUACUUUCUUUCCCCACAAAAUUUUAAACUAUUUUCACUGAUCCGCCCUUGAACUGCUUGUGACAUAAUAAGUUUCAUCAUUAAAGAACAACUUUAAGUCAGCUAACUUAUGUAGGGUGAAGAGGUCUUUCAAACCAUACUAGAAUGAGCAUGAUUCAGUCAAGGAGGCAGCCGGUGUAGAAAAGGGGAAAAAAAAAACAUGACUUUGUACAGUCGAGCCGAAAAUUCACGUAAAAAUCUGGGUCCACUUAACCUACCCCCGGGGGGGGGGGGACUCCGUAUAUGAAAUGGGCUGGGGAUGCUCGUCGUCUCGCUUAGGGGUGAAAAUUUCAGAUUUUGGUCUUGCUUGGGGUUUUCUGGGCAAACCACCAUUAUAUUUAGCCGUAAAGGUCUCUUAGGGUUGCACUCGAAGAAAUAUUUAAAAAUUAUAUAUUUUCAAUUCAUUUCAUUUACUCGAUUCAUGUAAUCAAAGUUUAAAAUGAUCCCUUUUAGGAGUCAAAAAAGGUUAGGCCACGCCCAGAUUGGUCUCCUUAUUAGGGGUUUAAUUCAAAAUUUCCGACGAACAUUCCCACCCCUUUCACAUGCCGAGUCCCCCCCCCGGAACCUACCUACCAUUCCUUUCAUCUAUCCUCAGUUCCUAAAAGCUUUCCCUCAAAAUUUUUCAACCGACAUAAACCCCACUAAAUACCCAGCAAAAGAAAAAAAAUGAGUUAAAGAAGAGGGGAGGAGAGAACUAGCAUUAAAAGAACUCCACAGACUGCUGUUUCACUUUCAAAAUUAUUUCGAAAUUUUGCCCUCUACGAAUGCCCAUAGUUCAGAAGCUACUAUUUUGCACCUGAAGAAGGGUAUGAAGGCCACAAAGUGUAGUGUCCUCUUUAUAGCCAUACAUUGAUGAGAAAACAGCUCAACUAUGUAGCUUCAAAACACGUUUUUCGGCAAUAAAAAUUCCCAGGAGAGAUCAAUAAAAGUAGAAAAAUAAAAAAGCUUUUUUUGUCUGCAUGCAGUCAUACAAAUUGAAGCGAAUCACUGUUCUUUACACCUGUCAUUUUUUGUCUGCCCCUCUUUGAAAGAAGCCAUGAUAAUUAUGGCUCAUCAUUUUUGGAAUGGCUUGCCCCCCUUAAAUCCUAUCAACCCCACCCACCUGAUACAAAUGAACAGCAUGGAUGCUAACUGUGCAGUUUGCUGUCACUUGUAUUGUAACAGCCACCUUAACAACAAUCAUACAUGUAUUUCCUUGUAAUGUUAAUUUUUUUGUAUUUUAACACAGCCACCUGACAAGCAUCAAGCGGGUUGUUCCUCUGACAGUGGUGGUAUAAAGCAAAAAGGUACACAGAUUGAUAUCGCAUGUAAAGUGUUCUUGUCAAUUAUAAAAGCAAGUAGUAGCACAUGCUAUGACCGACUCUUAAGGGAUCUAUAGCUGAGGAAAAGCUAAGCUGGUUUUUUUAUUAGUCGACAAGCUUGCUUUUUACUCAACUGCACCUUCAAAAUUACCCCUCGUAAUUAUUUUCCAGAGUAAUUUGAGCUGGUGGUAGUAUUUGUCUUACAGCUGAUGAAAUGAGCUGGAAGUAGCCUCUUAGUGACUGACAUCCCUUCUCUUUUAUCAUUUGUCUCAUGAUAAUGAAUUUUAAUAUUGAUCCUGAUCCAUCAACUACAUGACUGCUGAGUGGGACCUUUAUUAGCACUUUGGUUGCUAGUGACUGGUGCAUAUAAGAACAUCUCGCGGGGUGGUGGGUUUUGUUUCCAGGCAUUGCUUGUAUUUACAGUCCCUGUAUGGAUGGAAUUGACUAAUAAAUUAAUUAAAAGAAAAAAUUUAUGCUGGUACAUGUACUGUAGGCAAAAUCAUUCCUAUUGAAACACUUCAGGCGAGCAGCUCACCGUGUGAUCGAGUCUCCCAUAGCUCUUGAUGGUUAGAGUCUCCAACUGGAAACUGAAAGGUCAUAGGUUCCAUUUCUGAGCAGUUUGUUAUGUACACAGCUGUACUUAAUAUCUAUUUCCGCUUCGUCGCAUGGUUUAUUUUCAAACAUAGUAUGAAUUAUUUUCCCUUUCUUUAUUGCUAUUUUGUUUACGUGUUACGUUUUUAGUUGCGGUCUUCCUAUAAAUAGCUUUUGGUUUAGUGGAGUUUCCCGUGAAAUAAAAACAAAAAGAAAGAUUACGUUGUCCUAUGUUAUUUGCAAAGGGAAAGAUUUAGAUAAGCGCUGCCCUGAAAUAAGAACUGCACCUACACGUCGUACCAUCAUAGCAAUGAAAGAAACUUCAUGACUUACCCGUUGUGUGUAUUUACGCUCGCAUUUUCUAUCCCUUAGGCUCAAGUGCGCGUAGAACGAGUGUAAAAACUCAUCCAGCCCAGAAUUCUGUUUCUACGUCAUUACCACGUAACCCCCAGGUAAAGUUUCAGAUAAGGUAUUAUUUAUCAAUCCCACUACUGUAUUGUGAUUAUUUCAAAUAGUUGAAACCCAGCAAUCUUUGCACAACUAGGUUUAAUAUGUCUGUCCUGUUGAGUAGUAGUCCUGACCUUUCGCAUCGUGCAACAACUGCACUUGUACCGGAAUUCAUCUCGAGACAUGCUGAAAUUAGGGUUUGCAAGGAGUUCCUUGGAAAUUCGCUUCUGUGUAUGAUUUGCUCUUUCAGCCGCUGCGGUUUUAAGUAAGAGGGAUUAUAGGGCUUUUCCUUUGAAAUAUAUCAAUAUCACUUUUAUUAUUUAUAAAUGUUGUUUAGGGUGUAAUUAGAAUAAUAACCCCUUUAGUUCUCACAGGCGAGCAGGCUAUAGGGUGGAUUGGCGGGCUCACAGGCGAGCUGUUUGCCUUCAAGUUAUACUUUUUUCUGUUAAGUGCGCAAUAGCCUCUCUACUCCGCAGGCCUGCCUCUUUGUGUCAAAGGGUAGCCUGUGAACAGCAGACGCAUUUCUGGUCGUCGCUUAUUUCGCAGGGAGAGAAGCGACGACCGAAAAUGCGUCCGCUGUUCGCAGGCUAGUCAAAGGGGGGCUGAGGAAAGGGAAAAAAAAGCGACCAGCGAGACCCUCUGCGCCGGAGGAGAGGGCGAAAUAGCCAUUAGCGAACGCCUGUGAUUUUAUCUGCCACUUAUUUUUCUCUGUCCGACAAUAAAGUUUUUUAUUUGAAAAAUCUAGUUUUCGCCUCGAAAACCAAAAUUGCGGCACGUCAUAUUGGGGAAAAAAGCUUGUCAGCAAGUGGUUGCAAUAUGAUUUAUUAAAAAGCUCCUCGGCUUCUUUUAGGAACGACGGAAUUGUGGUCGCGUAUUCUCGUGCAACCUUGAAAAAACGACAGUUAAGUCAAAAAGACAUGGGAAUAUUGUUGUUGUUGCUGUUUUUGUAUUGUGCCUAUCAGAGUAUGGGUUGGGAGCAGGGACUGGAUGGGAGGUGCCUUCCUCCCUCAACCCCCACCUCUCGGGUCAAAAUCUAUGCUUGCAUUGUACCGCACAUAAUACAAAUAUCAUGAUUAUAUUUAUAAUGUUGUUGUCAUUUAUUGGGCAACAGAACCCCACGCUGUCAGGAGAAGGGCCAACACUGAAGGGCAAGUAUGAACAGACCAAUAAGCUAUCUGAUCAUAAGCCGUCGAAGAAAACGAGAACAACCACCGGCGUUUCAAAGCACAAAAAUCCAGCUACAAGGAUGCAUCCAUACCCGAGACCAACUCAGUGGUCUCAGAAAACACCUGCUUCUGAGAAGGAUAAUAGCAUCCAUCAAAUAAAACCACAGCUGUCAAUACUUCCAGGUAAAUAUUCCAGUUUCGAAUUCGUCGCGGCCACUGAAUAGAAGCACUGAAGACUCGUUUAUACAGGGUUAGCCUCAACCUAAGGUAAAUAUAUUCACAAAACCCAGUCAGAAGAAGACCUGUGUACAACUGCGGCAUCUGUUUGUUUAAACUCAAAUUCAUACACCUUCUCGCAGGUGUUUGUGAAUAUUUUACUUUAGGUCGAGGCUACCCCUGUACAGAAAUGUCUUCGGCACUUUUAUUAAGCGGCCACGACGAAAACAUGAUACCUUUAAGCUACGUGCAAACGGACGCACGCAAAAACUUCCAACAUUGUGGGGCCAACAGUGUUGGGAGUUGUUGCGUCCGUGUUGGCAGUGGUUUGCAAACGGAUGCAACAACUUCCAACAAUGUUGGGGCCUUCAGUGCAUCGUGGGGAGGAUACAACCCGUAAACAUGGGUAAUGCACUUGUGUGGCCCCGACAUUGUUGGAAGGGCUGUGCAAACUGAUCCAACAUUAGGGAGUUUAAGAUACCAGGACGGCGACGGCCACGAAAACGUCCCUCAAAAAGUGAAUUUGCGUUCUUUCAAUCUCCCGUCGUAGUCGUGCAGUGACGGCAAAGAAAUGUACAAAAAAACAUGCUGCACGUGCAGAGUUGUUGUUUUUUUUACGUUCUCGUUGUCGUCGCCGUCGUGCUAUCUUAAAGUCCUUAUUGUUGCGCUACGCUACGGCGAUCGCGGAAGUUCAUGAAACGUUGGGAGUUCUUGGCUGAAACGUUUGACCGGUUUCAAACUUUGCGCAACAACUCCAACAACACGCAACAGAAUCCAGCAGGGUGUGCAAACGGACGCAACAUGUAACAGCAAACAAUGUUGCGUCCGCACGGGGCUUUACAAGUGGAAAUGACUUGUUAACUUCGCACGUGAAAAAGUUGCUGUUGCUAUGGUUACAUAAUAAAUCGCGCCUUUCGCAGCUGUAAAAAAUUAUUUAAGUGAAAUGGUUUGGUAUAUCAUUGGUGUUAAUAUAAUCAUUAGAACGUUACAUGGCCGCUUGGAGAUAUGAACUUUCUUUUCUCGUGUUGAAAAAUAAUUCACUGGUAUAUUUUUCAACGCUCGAAGAGUGUUGGGGAUAAGCACAGAUUUCUUCAACUCAAACGGUGAAAACUAAAACAAAAAUACAAAACAUGUAGGUAGAGAGCAAGAUAGAACUGAAAAACGAACCAAAUACUUACAAGUUCUGUGCUCUCUCUACCAUACAAACAACGCAACAACUAUCACAGAUCAACACCCUAGUCACAUGGAAAAAGAAGUCACGUGACCAGUGCUCAGGUCCCUAUCAAAAAAACCUAACAGUUUUCGGAUAAUUUUCAUGUCCGAUUUUUAAAUUAGAUUUGUCCCGAACAUCCCGGCCUCCUUGGGGCGAUCGCGUAGAACGUCCCAACAGUUAAACUCAGCAACUACACCGCAUCUACUUCUUUCACAUCGUUCUCAAGCAAGCACAACUUCUGUAUAGGACGAACAUAGACAGCAUCCUUGGUCUUGACUUUCACAGUCCGUACUAGACCAUCUGCACCCGGGUACGUCUCCAACACUCUACCGAGAUUCCAAUGCCCUCUAGGGGUGUUGUCGUUAACAAGAAGAACCAAGGCGUCGGGUUUGAUAUUAGGCAGCACUCUUCGCCAUUUACCUCGUUGUUGGAGGGUUGGGAUGUACUCCUUCAACCACCUUUCCCAAAACAAAUUAGCCAAAAAUUGAACCUGCCUCCACUUCUUUCUGUAAAUGUCAGUCUUCUCAAAGACUCCAGGAUGCAAACAGAUGAUCUUCCUCUGCAUCAAUAGGUGGGCCGGUGUUAGCGGUUCGAGAUCGUUCGGAUCGUCCGAGUUCGCUGUGAGGGCUCUUCCGUUAAGGAUACGCUCAACCUCAGUAACAAGUGUUCGUAGAACCACAUCUGUCACAGUUUGCGCCCCCAAAAUGGACUUUAAGACUGUCUUUGCACUUCGAACCAUACGUUCCCUUACGCCAGACAUACUUGAUGCAGUCGGGGGUUGAAAUAUCCAUUUACAGCCUCGUUGUAUCAGCUCUCUCUCUAUCUGCCCUUGGUUCCAUUCCUGGAGACUCCUCUUCAAUUCUCGUUCGGGCCCAACGAAGUUAGAACCGUUGUCACAUCGUAACUCUUUCACGUCUCCCCUUCGAUUUAUAAAACGCCUUAAACACAUGAUGAACUCAUCAGUAUCCAUAGAAUUAACCACUUCAAGAUGUACGCUACGGGUGGUCAAACAGGUAAACAAGCAACACCACCGUUUCGCGGUCCCUCGGCCAUGUUUCACAUAAAUCGGGCCAAAGAGGUCCAUACCAGUGAACGAAAACGGUGGCUCAUAGGCUGUAAGUCGACAUUUGGGUAAGGGUGCCAUCUGCUGGGUCAUAGGUUUGGCGUUAAGUUUCUUGCAGGUAAGGCAUCGAUUAAGGACCGAUCUAACCAAUACACGCACUUGAGGGAUCCAGAAAUCUUCCCGCAACCUUGCAAUAACAUGUUCCCGUCCCAAGUGACCAAUAAGGUGGUGAACGUGACGUACAACCAACUUGGCGACCGGAUGGUCUCUGAGAAAAAUCAUUUGUUGGCCGAGUGUACAGGAGGUCGGCUUGAGCUGACCACGGCCAUUAACUCUCAGGAUUCCGCCUUCGUCAAGUUUGGGAUUCAGUGACGCAACCUUGCUUGACGGCUUGACCGCACCGUUGGACUUCAAAUCUUUAAUCUCCUGUGCAUACGCCAAUCCUUGGACAAUCCUCACAAUUGCUGCAGUUGCCGCGUCAAAAUCGUCAACACUGAGACGUCCAGUUUUGGCGUUCUGUUUGUCCUUAACAAAUUGUACAAAACGCAGGAGCCAGGCCAUUCUGCGCCUGAGGCGGGACCAAUCUGAACAGGUAGUUAAUAACACUCGGAGGGGCGGUUCUUCACAGCUUUCGACGGCCGUAGGCCUUGUAUCUUCCUUCUUCGUCACGGACGGAUUAGGGGAAAGUUGGACGGAGUGCACGAGAGCUUCCUUCUUUAACUCCAGACCUUCAUCGGGUACGAAUUGGCACUUGUCUGUGGGCCAACAAGUUUCCGGCUCCCACAAGAAGUCAGGUCCACGAAGCCACAUAUGGUCAGCAGUUAGCGAAGACGGGCUCAUUCCUCGCGACACAUAGUCUGCCGGGUUUAAGGAUCCUGGCACAUGAUGCCAAUCCUCUACAAGUGUGUGCUCCCUUAUUUCUUCCACUCUGUUAGCUACAAACGUCUGAAGUCUUCGUUUCUCGUUUCUCAGAUAGUGCAGCACUAUUUCACUAUCAGUCCAAAGAUACGUCCUGGAAAUGUUCAGUUCAAGUUCCUCUCGCAACAUCUUAAACAUCCGGGUUGCGAGUACAGCUGCUUGCAAUUCCAGUCUUGGAAUACUAACAAAUUUCACAGGUGCAUUUCUGGCCUUUCCAAUAAUGAAGGCGCAAUGAACUCGUCCAUCGGGGUACUCGCUUCGCAGAUAUGAUGAUGCGCCAUAGCCAAUCUCUGACGCAUCUGAAAACAUAUGAAGCUGUAACUUGCAUUGACGCGGGUCACCGUCCGACAGGAAAUAGGACCGAGGGAUAGACAACUCGGACAACAAGGGUAACUCAGUGUUCCAUGCUCUCCAUUUAGACAGAAAUUCUUCGCUCAGGGGCUCAUCCCAUCCUAUGUUAGCCUUCCAUAGGUCUUGAAUCAGGCGUCGUGCAGACAAAGCCACUGGUGCUGCGAAACCCAGAGGAUCAAACAAUGAACAAACAGUGGAGAGUAUACCGCGCUUUGUUUCAGGGCGAACUAGGCUUCUUAUUUCGAACCCCAACGUAUCAUCUCCAACAGACCAACGAACUCCGAGUGCACGCUCUAUAGGUAGCUCGUCCAGGUCAAGGUUUAGAUCUGGCUUAGAUCGCUUAUCAUUUGGGACAGCACUUAGUAGUCUCUUGGAGUUCGACGUAAACUUGGUCAAGUUAAAUCCGCCUCGAGCGAGCAGUUCUACCAUGUCAUGGGCUAGGCGAAUUGCGCACUGUUCAUCAUUCUCAGAGGGAAGAGCAUCGUCAACAUAGAAAUUUCUUUUUACAGCUGUAAUAACACUAGAGCUGUACUCUUCGGCAUUGUCGUCGGCCACACGGCGCAAAGUUGAGUUUGCAAUACAGGGGGAGGAAGCCGCUCCGAAAAUAUGCACUUGCAUGACGUAUGUAUCAGGGGGAUUAACAUAUCCAUUUGUCCACCACAGGAACCUCAAGGAAUCCUGGUCUUCCUCACGCACACGUAUCUGAUGAAACAUCUUUUCGAUGUCGGCAGCGAACGCUAUUUUUCCCUGGCGGAAACGUAGGAGAACACCAACCAAGUUGUUGGCUACAUCUGGUCCAGUCAGCAAGUUCUUAUUAAGCGAAGUUCCCUCGCAUUCAGCUGCUGCAUCGAACACAAUGCGCACCUUGCCUGGUUUGGUAAGACUGGUUACAGGGUGAUGCGGAAGAUACCAAUGUGUUUUAGACUCUUUGUUUAACUCUUCUUCUGACAACUUGCGAGCGAACCCACUGCUGAUAUAACUAUCCAUAACUUCGCGGUACUUAACGGCCAUUUCUUCGUUGCCAGGUUUCGUAAGACGGCGUCUCAGGCACUCUAGACGGUGCUUGGCCAUGGCUACAUUAUUCGGAAACUGGCGUUCUUUCUCCUUCCACAGCAUACCGACUUCAUACCGACCGUCCACGCAGCGGGUGGUGUUCUCAAUUAUCUUCAAGGCUAUUUUGUCUUCCACCGAGAGGGGUUUCUCAUUUGAUUUCAGUGUCCCGUAAUCCUCCAGAUUCCAAAAUUUUUCAAUGAGAGAACGCGGUUCAGGGUCAAUCAAGACAAAGUUUGCUGAAACCCCUUGACGACAAUUGGCACCAUAAGGACCACAAACGCACCAGCCCAAGGGAUAACGACAGCCAUAGAGCCCUUUCUUCUUAUCUUCAGGGACUCUAACUUCCUUCUGUAAAUGUGCAUAGGGAAUAUUGUUUCCAACAAGUAUAGAGACUCUCUUGAUGUCAACCUCCGGGAACUCCACAUCACGUAAGUGUGGGUACUCAAUAGUGUCAAUCUGCUCCGGAAGAGGACAGCGCGACUGGUUGAGGUUAGGCAGGACAUAGGCCUCCGAAACGUCAAUACUCUCCCCGGAAGUAUCCACCGAAGUCAAGGUAAAGGACACACGUUUCGACUCUACCACAUUGUCACUACUUGAAAUCGUGUUAAUUCCGAUUUGCACGGGUGUUCCUUGAAUACCAAGGUGAUCAACUAAAUCUUGUUCAAUGAGGGUGUCAGUGCAGCCACUGUCUAAGAAGGCGUAAGUGGAUACAGUUUUACCAUUCUCAGCAGAUAUUACAACAGGUAUAACGUUCAACAGCACUUUCGCUUGCACAGUCGCAACGGCAGCGGACGAUAUUGGCACCUUUCCCACAGACUUGUCAGACUUGUCUCCGCUUGCGGCUGGAGUGACAUUUCCCCUUUCGCUGUUUGGGGAUUUAGGCGUCGCCAAUGGCUUGUCAGACUUAUCACUAGACUCUCUAUUAUUCCGUGGGAUGAAGCGACGACCACCAUAAUUACUUUCAGAGUGCAGAAGAGGAAUGUGUCGACCGGAACAUACUGAACAUGCUGGUGGGUCCGGACAGGAGCCAGAACCGUGUCCGGGCCUUUCAAGACCACAAUUAAAACAAAAUCCACAGGAUGCCGCAUACUGUCUUUGCACUGCCACGUGUUUGCACUGUUUGAUAAUAGGGCAUUCUUGGAGUUUGUGGCGCUUACUUGAUUUGCAAAUUCCGCAGUGUUCAGUGUUCUCAGAAGCAGGAGUUUUAUGAUCAACGCCGGUAGUACUGAUUGUGGUGUUCUUUACUGGAAGCUUUGGAGGAAGUUUGGUAUUCUUGUUUUCCCGCUUAAAUGUCUGCAACCCGAACACCGGGUCAUUUCUGAUAGACGCUUGUUUGUGCACAAAAUCAGCGACGUCCUUUAAUCGAGCGGAUCUUCCGGACUUCACGAGCUCGUAGUUCACGGUUUGCCACUUCAGGAUUAAGUCGUUAGGUAAACGGUUCACGAUGCGCCUGAGGUUCGUCGCUACGCUCGCCUCGCGUUCAACGUCUCCCUUGAGGAUCCUGGUGGCUGCAUUUAAGUUCUCAGAGAAAUUGAGAAGACCAGUAUUGUCGCCGUACGCCAACUUGGGGCCAGAUGCGAGCUCUUCCACACAUGCUUGCGUCACUCUCACCGCUUGGCCAAAACGUUUCUCCAACGUUUUCAUAAUCUCAUUAAACGUACAACCUCUAUUACGCUUCACAACCUCUAACGCUUCUCCCGCCACGAAUUUAGGCAGAUACUCCACUUGCUGGGCAUCAGGAUUUCGAGGUGCGUACGAACUUGUUCACGAAAAAAGGGGAACUCGGCUGGAUUACCACUGAACUGUGUCGGCUUUAUUCCGCUAAGAUAUUGUGCUUUCCACAUUGCGGCAACAUGAUCACGGGGAGCCUGGUCCAUGCUGGAGACGGUCUGCGACCUCCCGAAGUUAACACGUUCAGGGGACUGGGUCGAGUUAAUCCCCGCAGAAGGAGUGGUGGUGUUCAAUCCCUUCACAGACGAUUCAUUGUGGCUCAACAUAGUGUCCGACGGUCUUGAAACUGCUGGAUACUUUGGCUCCGUUGAUUGAGGUGUUCCACUGGAUAUCACAUACACGGCACUCGGUUGACUGUUAAACCCAUCUCUAGAAACAUACUCGGACGUGACUGGGGUGGAGUGUGAUUGCUUGUUAACAAUAAACGUAGAAGUGUUCAAGGCACUAGGCACAACAGGGGGGAGUUUGCUUUCAGUCAAGUUAUCCAUUUCAAUUUUCCAUUCAAGCUCAGCCAAUGUUGCUUCCUCUUCAAGGCGCCUAAGUUCCAUCCUUUGCUUAUAUUCAUGAGCCACUCUUGCUGCUUCUGCAUCUUCCUUUGUCCUAGCUCUUGCUAAGUCUAGUUUCAUUUUAGACACCAGUGCCCUCUUUAGUGAUUUCUUCUGUGAAGAAACUGAUGAUGCCUCAGAAUGUUUGGUAACAUGAGUAGCAACGCUGUGCACUGACUUAUUGUCAUCUUGUUUCGGAUCCCAGACUGGUAGUCCACGGUCCAUUCCAAGUUCGUCAUGCCGGGGGUCUGGUCUUCUAAACAAACCCUCACACUCAUUGAUAAUAUCGUCCACUUCACGUUUCAGAGUAGAAUAACGCUCUUGUACAUGUUCUAAGCGUUUUCUCCCGUUAAUUCCUGCAAGGUACCUCCCAUGAAGUCCCUCGAGCCUGUCCCAUUUUUCCAAGAGCAAGUCAACAGAUUUCUUAGCUUCCUCUGGACUCAGUGUUACAUGAAUUUCAGACUGGAUUUCUUUCAAUAAACUGUCUAUUUCCUUGCUAAUAUUUGACCACUGCAUUGCCGUACUCCUCUGGUCCCGUGAGUCCCUUUUCCGAUCCGAUUCCAAAAAUUCAACGCGAGUAGUCGGCGGGGGCCUGGGACGAAAAUGAUAGCCAUCGCCUUCCCGCGAAGCGCUCAAUGGCUGUGAAAACACAUUUGUAGAAACACAAGAAGGUAAAGAAAUAUCGCUCCGAGUUGAAACCACAGGUAACUGAAUCGAAAAAUCGGGCAAUCCACGAUCCAUUCCAGACCCAGCGUAAUCCAAACUUAUACCACGACCACUGUCGAAGCCAACGUUCAAUCUAUUCGAAGCAUCCAUCGAUCACACUUGAAAACAUGCAAUUCCAAUAGCACUUUUUUCACUGAUGUUGGGGAUAAGCACAGAUUUCUUCAACUCAAACGGUGAAAACUAAAACAAAAAUACAAAACAUGUAGGUAGAGAGCAAGAUAGAACUGAAAAACGAACCAAAUACUUACAAGUUCUGUGCUCUCUCUACCAUACAAACAACGCAACAACUAUCACAGAUCAACACCCUAGUCACAUGGAAAAAGACGUCACGUGACCAGUGCUCAGGUCCCUAUCAAAAAAACCUAACAGUUUUCGGAUAAUUUUCAUGUCCGAUUUUUAAAUUAGAUUUGUCCCGAACAAAGAGAAAUUUCGUAUCUCUCUUGCGGCCAUGUGAUAUUAUUCGUCAACUCUGGUAAUAAAAUCAGAUGUUUAUAUUUCACUCAUACCUACCGACACAGCACCACCUAACCCCUUCAUUCGUUAAUUGAAGAUAGAUUAUAUGUCGAGCUUCAUAUGUUAUUAAUAAUGAUUAAGAAAAACAUAAAUUAAGCAUGUACAAACCAGCGAGAUAAUGUUCUGACGUUUCGACGACCUCAUGACGCAGUUAUCAAGGAACUGGAAAUAAAUAAAUGCGAGGUUAAAAAAGAGUUCAAGUAUACUAAAGUUGCUUAAAUGAAGUAGAGCUGGACAAAGACUUUAGCAUGGAUUGAAUCCGUUUGCACGUUCAAACGCAGUCUUAAAUGUUUUAUGUAAAGCAUUUGGUUUCGUUUACAAGACAGUCGAAAUUUGUUCCUGCAUUUUUUUCAACAGCGCUUUAAAGUAACUUGGGGGGUCCUCAGGGACGGUGCCGGCGUGGUCGUUAUCGUAGUGUUUACGCACAGAAGAUGACGUUCUAUGGUUAUCCACGCGUGCAUAAAGAUGACCGCGCGUAUAACCAACAUAGCCCCCUGUAUCGCACAGGUUACCUUGCAACUGGCGCACGACGCACUGUUGGUUGACCAGCUGUGGUUUGGUCUCACAUUGUUGGAGGUCGUGGCCAAUUUUCCGACUGACGAAUACGGGGUCGUAAGAGGGCUGUAUGAAAACGUACAGUUUUUCGAUCAGUUCUGUUCGCCCUUUCAGCCUUUUUUAGGAGUUUCCAGUUUCGAGAUUAGAGACAGAUCCAGGAGAAUAUAAUGUAGAAAAAAUCAAAACAUAGCUUUAAGUACAAAGGAUUAAAGCAGAGCAGACAAUGAGAGGACAUUUUAACGCUGUCUCGGCUAAUGUUUUCAAAGAACUAGAUCACCCGGCAGUCUGAUAUUCACGUCCAAUUUUCAAGAAUUCCCAUCGAAUUCUUUUAAGAAAAUGGGAUAUUUGAUUGGAACUUUCGAUUUCUGUGCAGACGUAGAAAGAGUCGUAGUCAUACCAAAUAUUCGAUAAGUUCAGGUUUUCGUGAAAAACAGGGACACCUACAGUUUGUAGUUAUAUAUUUCAGACUGCCGGGCUGUUCCUAGCCUCCCAAGCAGGCGUUUUUAGGGGAGCUCGUUUUUCAUCCCUACCCACAAACAAGCUCCCCUAAAAACGCCUGCGUGGGAGGCUAGGCUGUUUCGGACUAGUAUUCUGAAAACCGCCCCCGUGAUUCGAGAUUCGAAUAUGCUCAAGCACGGAGGUUUCGUCCACUACAAUACCAAAUCUUUUUUUAGAAUUGCUUGGCAUUUACGAACAAACGUCAAAUGCUCCGAGGAGGUUUCGAUGACAAUUUUUUCUGGAUCUAUCCUUUGAUAAAUGCAUGACUCAGUGCGUCACGCCUAUGAAGUGUUGAAAACAUUGAGUUUUCACCACAGGUAGCCCAAGCUCGAAAUAUGAGCAUCGGCGAGCAUCGCCAUUGUUGCGUAACAUUCAAAAUAUAAGGAUUUGUAUGGGAAAAAAACCUAUCGUUUCUGUAACCUACGAAAAUGAAAGGAUUUCAAUAAAAAACAGCUUACCUUACUUUAAAUGUGUGUUACGUCUCUCCUGUGUGGUCCACGGGCCGAUUUAUGGCCGUUUUAUGGGUUUUUAUGUAAACGGUUUGAAAACAACGGGAGCAAGAGACUGUCUCCCACCCCGAGUGUGAGUAAUUUGAGUCUCAGGCCACGUCGCUAUCUUUCAACGGUAACGCGGAGUCCAGGCCGAGGCUCAGUCGAUGGCUUCAGACGGGAAAGGUUUCAGAGAUUUGCGACCUUUGAUUCGCUCUCGGUGCAAAGGCAUCUUGAAGCAAGAUAACGAAUGGAAAGGAGAACUAUCACGUGUUACCUAGGCGGAAUUUGGAGGCGAUUGGAGCAGUUGGAGCGAAUUUACAGCCGUUCUCCUUCGUUGGAUCAUUCAAGCCGCUUCGCUGGAGUGCCCAACCUUGGUAAACCUUUAUAGAGAGAGAAAACCGUUUACAUAAAAACCCAUAAAACGGCCAUAAAUCGGCCCGUGGACCACACAGGAGAGACGUAACACACAUUUUAAGUAAGGUAAGCUGUUUUUUAUUGAAAUCCUUUCAUUUUCGUAGGUUACAGAAACGAUAGGUUUUUUUCCCAUACAAAUCCUUAUAUUUUGAAUGUUACGCAACAAUGCCGAUGCUCGCCGAUGCUCAUAUUUCGAGCUUGGGCUACCUGUGUUUUCACCAUAUGCCCAAGGUCGAUGAUUGAGUCUACUUCAAACUCAAGAUGAUGUUUGACAUCGCUUCAGAUUUCUAAAGAAACGUUUUAUGUUUUUAGAAGAAUUAAAUCGGAGUAUUCGUAAAAAUGGAUUAAAUUCCUACAGACUGCCCGGCUGCCUGGUCACUCCAUACCACACUGCGAACUAAUUCGGUUUCUUUCCGGAUUUCUCGCAUUUAUUUAGCGACUCGGACCACUUUCUCAGGGAUCCUUGAGUCCCUCUUACAUUCUUCCCAUUCUUGCUUGCUGUUUACUAUUUCCCGAUAAAAAUACGCGAAAAAACAUUGUUUGUGGUAUCCUUUUAAGAUCUGACUUACUGGCGUUCGUAACAAUGGGUAACUUGCAAAAACUCAAAAGUAAAAAAGGUAAUAAAAACAAAUCUAGGUUAAUGAACGAUAAAACAAUAAAUCACCUGUGUCAAGACUUGAAAUGUGAAGAUUGGAUAGAUGUGUACGGUAAAACGGAUGCCCAAGAUGCUUACUUUUACACUAAAUUGUAUCAGUUGAUGAUUAAGAAAUUGUUCAUGCUUAGUGUGCAUAUAUCGAGUUAUGGAUGCACGCAGGAAGUUUGGAGAGCACGAGGCGCAGCCCAGUGUAACUCUAGCUUUUUGAGUGCUCUCCAAACUUUCCAAGUGCAUCCAUAACUCGAUCUACGCACAGCUAAAAGCAUGAGCAAAUUCUUUUAUAACAGAGCGACAAAAAGGAUCUGCGCGAAGAAGCAUUUUAUUGUGAUAGAGUGCAAAAUUCUCACAACGCACAAAAAAAGUAAACAAACGUCCCCAUUUGCUGGUCAAAAACACGUCAUAUUUUAUACUUUGGUUUGAGCGAGAACAUUUGAUCCAGUUAACCGAUAACUGUGAAUAAAAAGCUCAAAAUUUACGUGGGAAAUGGAGAAAUCAAAGUCAAAUGAACUCAAGUGUCACUAAAAAAUGUUUUAAAAGUCAAAGACCCGAAGUUAUCAACGGUUUUGAUUGAUCAAAAUAAUGUUUACGCUGCCGUGCACGGUGCAAUUGGAGAAGACAGACUGCAGGAAACUUGCAGUUUUCUCCUGGGCAACCACCACACUGUUAUUUUGACGAAGAGUUAUGGCUGCAGCAGAAAACUCAGGUUGGCUGCUAAUAUUGCCAGUGUUGAAGCUUCUUGAUACGAAAUCACUUUUUUCGUUCCUAGUGAAUGUCUUACGGCCAAAAUUUGCUGCAGCUGGUCUUCCGACAAAUUUGCGAAACGCGCAACUUGAGAGUUUUUUUCGACUUUUUUCUUGCUGCUUAUUGGAUAAGCACCUAAAAGGUCAAUACCGAUAGUAAUAUUAGGCAGUUCUUCGCUGGUUUCAUCCAUAUUUUAAAGAGAAGGAAAACUUCACCGCAGCUUAACAGGACGGCAACUCUGCAAGCAGGUAAAAAAAAGAAUGCUCACGUCAUCUUAUUUACGCACGGGCGUGCGUAAAUAAAGAUUUUGGUCAUAGCGGCUCAAUAGGACUUAUAUAGGGCGAGCACGCGCGUUAUGUUAAUAAAUAGAUAUGUACCACUACGAAGACUCAGUAACAAGAGAAGUGAAAACGGCCAGAGAGUACCUUGGAUAACAAAAGGAAUCCUAACAUCAAGGAAAACUAAAAAUAUAUUGUAUAAGAAGUUUAUGAAGAACCUACAUGAAAAAAUGAGUCAAUUUAUAAAACAUACCGAAAUAAAUUCAACAAAGUAAAGAGAGCAGCUAAGAAGAACUACUAUAACAAGGCCAGGAGUUUAAUGAGAAGAAAGGUAAUUUGAGAAACAUUUUGAAAGGAAAAACCUGAACUACCAGAUUGUUUUGUAGGAAAUGGAAGUUCAAUUUCUGAUACAAGUGAAAUAAGCAAUAGAUUUAAUGAAUACUUUGUUAACGCUGGAGAAAGCUUAGCCUCGAAAAACCCAGACAGUGAUGUCAACAUUUCAACAUUCUUAGGUGAGAUAUCUACAAAUUCAAUGUUCUUGGACUCGAUUAUGAAAAAUAAAGUACGAAUUGAAAUAAGUAAACUAAACGGAACCAAGUCUUGUGGUCACUAGUGACGAAAUAUGACCUAAAUUAGUUAAGAGAAUUUCAAAGUAUAUAGUUCAACCACUAACACACAUAUUUAACCAGUCACUGGCCUUAUUCCUAAUGAACUUAAAGUUGCACUUGUUACUCCAGUAUUUAAAGCAAACAAUAAGCAAGAAUUUUCUAAUUAUAGACCCAUCUCGGUUCUGCCUUGUUUUAGUAAAAUAUUAGAGAAAUUAAUGAAUAAAAGAUUAAUUAAAUACCUUGACCAGAACAACACAUUAUUCCCUACCCAGUAUGGUUUUCGGAAAAGACACUCGACCAAUUUAGCAACUAUUUAGCUAAUGACAAAAAUAUCACAAGCAAUAGAUAAUAAUGAAUAUACUUUGGGUGUAUUUUUAGACCUUGCCCAGGCAUUUGAUACCGUAAAUCAUGAAAUAUAACCAAAGAAACUCGAUCAUUACGGAAUUAGGGGAAUUGCAAAUGAAUGGUUUAAAGAUUAUUGAACAAAUAGGAGACAAAUAGUUCAUUACAAAUCAGUCAGAUCAGAAAGUUUGACAUUCAAAUGUGGAGUGCCUCAGGGACCUGUCCUUGGGCCUCUCUUGUUCCUAUUUAUAUGAAUGAUAUUUCUAGGUGCUCGAAGAUCAUAACAUUUGUUCUCUUUGCUGAUGAUACUAAUUUAUUUUAAAGCUACAAAAAUGCUGAUAUUUUGUGCAAUGCCAUUAUGAAUCGAGAACUUCAAAAUAUUGCGUCUUGUUUCACUUUAAAUAAACACACUGUAUGAUUUUUGAAAACUAAGAGAAAGAAGUUCAAAGAAACUACUGAAAUUGAAAUUAAUGGUCAAAUAAUCAAUCAAGUUAAAUGCACUAAAUUUCUAGGUCUAAAUAUGGAUGAGGAACUCUCUCGGAAAGAUCGUAUUGAUCAAGUUGCAAUAAAGAUAUCGAAAAUGACAGGAAUUACGUCAAGGGCGAGACAUCAUCUAACUAUCCAAUCAUUAAAGACAAUCUAUAAUACUAUGGUGUAUCCAUACUUAAAGUAUUGUUGCAUUACAUGGACAAGCACUUACCCAACAAGGCUAAAAUCGAUAUUACCUUACAGAAAAAAAUGUGAGAAUAAUGACCUUUGCAAAGUAUCAAGAUGAAUCUAGACCUUAUUUCUGUCUCUUAAUCCUCUUAAAAUAUAUGAGCUAAAUAUGUAUUUGAUAAAAUUCUUUAUGUACUCGUACUUUAGGAAUGAUUUACCACAAUAUUUUAAAAAUUAUUUCACACUGAAUAAAAACAAAUAUAGUUAUGGUACUCAAUCAGCAUCAUAUAUAUUUAUUGAUUAUGAGAGGACAAAUUACGGAAAAUUUUCACUAAAAUACAGGAGGGCUCAGAUUUGGAAUAAUUUACCAGAUGAUCUGAAAACACUAAGGACAUAUUAUUCAUUUAAGAAAGGAGCUAUUGUCUAUGUGCAAAAUCAAAGUAAUUUACUUCAUUAAGAUAGGUUAAUUAAUUAAAAUAUAUAUGAGGUAAUACUUUCGUACAAAUCCCGUGGUGUUAUAAUUUAUUUAGAUUUGAUAUCCAUCUGCUAUUUUCACUAGACUUAAUUUGUACCAAGGGGAUCUUCCUAAAAAAAGCUCAAUAGAGCUUCCUAAGAUCUCCUGCCAUUAUAUUGCAUUGUAAUAGCAGAUAACAAGUAAUAAGAACAGUUGUAAAAAAUUUAAUUUAUAGUGGACAAAUAAAAUGAUGAUGAUGAUGAUGAACACUUGGUAAACGCGCAUACAAAGCCUUUAAGUGAAAAACAAAUUAGACUGUCUAACUCGUGCGGGGGAUCUCAUCUGACGUAAACUAUUUUUAGAAUCUAUGAGCAGCGCUAUUCCUUAAUAACGGCGUAAUGAGGUCGCCGAAACGUCGGAAAAUUAUCUCGUUAGAUUUUACAUGUUUAUGCUUCAGAUGUUCUUAAGAGAAUUGUAGUAAGCGACAAUACUCGCCACAAAACUUGAAACACUUGUGUGCUUUUCCCCUUUCCCAAUGUUGAUUUGGGUAUUGCAAUCAUCUAAGUGCUGCAAAAUCAGUACGCGUGGCUUAACAUUGGGGAAGGACAGGGGCACAUUUGAGUGGGAACAAAGGUGUGAAGAGUGAAUGUAAGAAAUGUGGUGGAAAUUCAAGAAAAAUGGCUUCUGUUUCAACCAUUUGUGACGAGUAUUGUAGCAACCUUUAGUUUUGAAAAUAAUGCUUUCCUUAUUUACAGGUUUCAGGAUUAAUUUGUCACCUCAGUUCAAUGGAGAAUCAUUCUUCAAGCAUUUAUGUUCUUUUUUAGCACUGCGUGACUAACCUUAACAUGCCUUAACACUGAAAAAAAAAUAUUGAUAUGGUAUGACUUUUAUGCUGCCAUUGACAAUUGGAGCUUAACCUAAUGACUCCUACAUGUUUUUUAAAAGUCAUCAUGCAUACUUACACGUAAAUUUAUUUUGGAUCCUUAGAUAUAUUGUUUGCCCAGAAUAACACUUCCACAACACCUAAUCAAAAAAGCUUGGAACAACCGUUGUGGCUCCCUGCUGGUGCCCUAACUUCAGAGUUAUUGUUUCCAUUGAGCAAUUUGGGCAUCACCGAUGCAACUCCUUUGCAACCUCACUCAUACCAUGUGAAGAAAUUCCCUCAGCCUCAUCUCAGCGUAAAUGAUAGGGAAAACUCGCACCAAGACAGUCAUGUUUGUGCACCGCCAACUUCGUCACAAAGUAGUGUCAUGUUCGGAUCCAUUGCCCAUCCGAUACAACUUGAACAGGAACAUGUAGGA